AUGAUUUUUUUAACUACCAGGCUAGCAGCGGCCUCCCUACUUCUAGGAACCGCGUUUGCCUUGGACGUAAGAGUCGCCAACAAGGCUCUAUACCCGAACCAGUACCAUCUCGAUUACUUGGGCUCUAACCAGGCUCGAGAUGGCACUUCCGGCGCAAAUUCAGUGUACAACACCGCUUUCCCUGGCGUCUCGUGGGAUCUCGAAAACUGGCGCCUGAUCAGCUCUGUGCUAGACCAAGCACACUUCCAGUCACGCGGCUCCGUCGCGAAUGGUUUUAUCGGAAUCAACUCGGCCGGUGCCGGUCCCUUCUUCGAGGUCGACGUGCCGGUGAACGGUGACAACACCAACGGAUGGCCACUGUUUUCACGCCGACAAGCUUUCGCCGGCGUGUCCGGCUUCUGGGACGUGCAAAAUGGGGAAAGCUUCAUCUCAGGCAUCCCGCAUUGGGGCGGCAUUGUUCUCGAUCUUGGGAACGGCACGUAUCUGGAUGCAGGCGUCGCAAGCGACACCAUUUCCGAUUAUUCCACCACGUUUAACUACAAGGCCGGCGUUUUGUCGUGGAAGUAUACAUGGCGCCCCAAAGGGCUUCCAGGUACAUUCAAGAUCGAGUUUCACAUCUUGACACACAAGUUGGAUAUCAACGUCGGCGUGGUGCGCAUGGUGGUUGAGCCGUCCGUCGACGUGAGCGCCAGCAUCGUCAACAUCCUGGAAGGCGCGUGUGCUGUUCGAUCGACAUUCCUCGAGUCCGGGUCUGACGGUGACUUCAUUUACUCGGCUGUUCAUCCUGAGGGACUGCCCAACACUUCGGCGUACGUCUUUGCCACGCUCGACUUCAGCUCCGGUGGCAGCGUUGGCUCGGCGCAACAAACCCGCAAGGAGCCAUAUCUGCAGGGCGUCGAUUCGAGCAUUGGAAGCAAAUACAAUGUGAAGCUCCAGGCCUAUAAGCGCUUGGAGAUUACAAAAUAUGUGGGAAUUGCAUCGACUGACGCCUUCAAGGACCCCAAGAACCAGGCGAAAUCUGCCGCUGAGCAAGCUUCCAAACAAGGAUUUCGUCGUCUUGCUAAAUCCCACGCCGCAGAAUGGGCACAGGUCAUGCCGGAGGAAUUUGUUGACGACUUUCGUCUCGACAAUGGCGCUCUGCCCGACGAUCCAUCCAUCGUCGACGACUCCAUCAUGGCCAUUGUCAAUCCCUUCUACCUGCUCCAGAAUACUAUCGGCGAGAACGCUCUAGCCAAGUCGUCCGGCCGUCCUCUCAACGAGAACAGCAUUGCUGUCGGUGGAAUUGGAACCGAGACGUACGCCGGCAUGAUAUUCUGGGACGCCGAAACGUGGAUGCAACCUGGUCUUGUCGCUGCGUUCCCUGAGGCCGCCAAGACCAUUGUCAGCUAUCGAGUCGCACACCACGAACAAGCAAAACGGAAUGCGCAGAUGGGGGCGGGCACCUCAAAGAGCGGAAUCUCCAUGCCCAAGGAUGCCGCACUUUAUUCUUGGACCAGCGCCCGUUUCGGGAACUGCACCGGCACGGGGGCUUGCUGGGACUAUGAAUACCACCUCAACGGCGACAUUUGUCUGGCACUCAUCAACCAAUGGGUCGCUUCUGGCGACGAUGCAGCGUUCAAGGACGCCUACCUUCCUGUUUUCGACUCCAUCGCAACGGCAUACGCGAGCAUUCUUCAGCCAAACGGAAGCAAGUGGACGCUCACCGACAUGACUGAUCCUGACGAGUAUGCAAACCACGUUGAUGCUGGCGGGUACACCAUGCCGCUCAUUUCUCAGACUCUUCGCUACGCCAACCAGUUCAGGAAGCAAUUUGGCCUCCAGCCUAAUUCGAAAUGGACGGAGAUGGCGGACAAUAUUGUAUUCUUGAGGGAAAACAACAUCACGCUCGAGUAUACCACCAUGAAUGACAAUGUCGUGGUGAAGCAAGCCGAUGUCGUCUUGGACACGUUCCCGCUGCAGUACACUCACAACUAUGGACCCGAGGAUUCCUUGAACGACUUGGACUAUUAUGCCGCCAAGCAGUCGCCGGAUGGCCCUGCCAUGACCUGGGCCAUCUUCUCCAUUGUGGCGAACCAGGUUUCCCCCUCGGGGUGUUCCGCGCACACCUACGCACGCUACUCAUUUUCUCCCUACCUUCGCGGUCCUUUCUACCAGCUCUCCGAGCAGAUCAUCGACAAUCCAAACGUCAACGGCGGCACGCACCCGGCGUUUCCGUUCUUAACGGGCCAUGGCGGAGCCAACCAAGUUACGCUGUUCGGCUACCUGGGACUGCGAUACCUUCCCGACGACAAGCUGCACGUCGACCCCAGCCUGCCGCCGCAGAUCCCGCGCAUCAAAUACCGAGUCUUCUACUGGCGUGGCUGGCCCAUCACCGCAUCGUCCACCUACGACAGCACGACAAUGGCCCGCGCCACGCAUAUCAUGCCACUCGACACCGCCGACCAGCGGUACGCAGACGCGCCCAUCCCCGUUGACGCCGGCACCGCGAGCGGCAAGCGCUACGAGCUCCCAACGGACGGCAGCCCCGUCACCAUCCCCAACCGGAAGACCGCGGACGUGCGAGCAACGAAGGGCAACGUCGCGCAGUGCCGCCCGGUUACGUCGACCCAGGCCGUCGUCCCAGGCCAGUUCCCCGAGAGCGCCGUCGACGGCGCCCGAUCCACCCGAUGGCAGCCCGCCUCUGCCGCGGAGCUGAGCUCCGUCACCGUGGCGCUCGACGACUCCGACCGCGGGCGGAAGAUCGCCGGCUGCGCGCUGGACUGGGCGCAGUCGCCGCCGGACAGCUUCACGCUCGCGUUCCACGACGAGCCUGGCGCGACGGGAGGCGGCCAGCGCUUCACGGUGAAUAUAUCCGCGCCGUGGAAGGGUCCGAGGACCGAUGUGCACAUCCCGGAGAGCAACACGACAGAGGUCACGUUCGAGACGCCGAUCGCGGCGUCCAGGUUCGCGACGCUGUCGAUACGAGGUAACCAGGGCAAGGGCCCAGCGGGCGCGACGGUGGCGGAAUGGGCCCUCAUCACAAGCUCUUGA